UAGGUGAACCGUUUAUGCCACAAAUUGUUAAGUAAAUGGUUGGCACUAGACGAUUACGAUUCGAUGUUUAGGGAAGCCAACCAUAACGUUUUGGCUCCGUACGGUAGAAUAACCUUGCACGUAUUUUGGGAAUUAAAUUACGAUUUUCUACCAAACUAUGUGUAUAACGCCGCUACGAAUCGCUUUACAAAGUACAAAGGUCAGAUAGCCUUCACUCCGCCGGUGCAUCGUGAUAAACCACCGCAAAUGUCGCAUCAUUAUUUGUGGGGAACCAAGCCGUUAAACAUGGCGUAUACUACUCAAUACACGCAAUACUCUGGUUUUGUUGGUCCACACCACUUCCAUGCUAUGUGUAAGCUACUAGGCUAUCAAGGAAUUGCAGUUGUAAUGGAGGAACUGUUGAAAAUUGUUAAGUCCUUAGUGCAAGGAAAUUUGCUGCAAUUUACCAAAACGCUUAUGGUUGCAAUGCCGAAAGUGUGCAAACUGCCAAGAUAUGAUUACGGAUCGCCAGGUGUGUUGAGUUAUUACCACGCCCAACUAAACGAUAUUGUUCAGUACCCUGACGCAAGAACGGAACUGUUCCACAAUUUCCGAGAAUUUGGAAAUACUAUACUGUUCUGUCUGUUGAUGGAGCAGGCUUUAUCGCAGGAAGAGGUUUGUGAUUUACUUCAAGCUGCUCCGUUUCAGAAUAUUUUGCCAAGACCUUUUUGCAAAGAAGGUGAAAAGCCCGAAACCAAACAGAAGAGGCUCGAAUCGAAAUAUGCGGCUUUACAAAUCGUACCGAACAUUGAAAAAUUGGGGACCGCCAAGCAAGCGAUGAUAUCUAGAGAAGGCGAUCUUUUAACGAGGGAACGGUUAUGUUGCGGACUAUCAGUUUUUGAAGUGGUGCUGAAUCGACUGCGUAGCUUUCUGGAUGAUCCAGUUUGGGUUGGACCCCCACCGACUAACGGUGUCAUGAACGUUGACGAAUGCACCGAAUUUCAUCGGCUGUGGUCAGCCUUGCAAUUUGUUUACUGUAUUCCUGUCGGUGAUACUGAAUACACUGUGGAGGAACUCUUUGGAGAAGGUCUUCACUGGGCAGGUUGCACAAUGAUUGUCCUGUUGGGACAACAAAGAAGAUUCGAGGCACUCGACUUCUGUUAUCACAUACUACGUGUGCAACGUGUUGAUAUGAAAGAUGAAAUUGUGAAAGGCAUCAGUUUGAAACGAAUGGUGGACAGAAUUAGACGGUUUCAAGUUUUGAAUUCUCAGAUAUUUGCGAUUUUAAAUAAAUUCUUAAAGUCUGGCGAAAAUGAUGAAAUGUCAGUUGAACAUGUAAGGUGCUUUCCACCGCCAUUGCAUCCUUCGUUAACACCACAGCAGCAUUAUCACGCACCUGAACAUCUUCGUCAAGCAAUGAUGAUUUAACUCAUUUACUGCAAAAUAUUUUCCAUAUUGCAUGAUAUCUGCAUUAUCACAGAUGUAAGCAAUAUUGGCAUGUGUAGCUAUAUAAAGAGCUGCUAUUUGUAUGUAUUAUGGAAAUACUAAAUUUUGCCAAAUUACACUUACAUUUUGAGAAUAAACAAAAGAAUUGGUAUUUUUCCAUCUGUGUAAUUACAUUAGGUUAUAUGCACCUAUUCUUAGUCAUAAGUCACAUUUACAUAUUCCAUCAUAUUUAUACAAGCAUUUUUCAUAUUUUACAUUAUUUUAUUUAAAGUUUAUAAGCAUCACGUGGUAAAGCAAAUAAAUACUUUCUUUUGUUAA